AUGAAGGUAUCUGAUGAGGCGUUCAUGUUCCUCGGCCAGGGCCGUCCCUAUGAGGAUGGCAGGAGAGGAGUUCUAACGCCGAGCCGUUGGGCAGCUGUUGCGUCCCACGGCUGGUCAACAGCAGACGAUGCAACUUUGAAGGAAUGGAAGCAGGUGGUCAGAGCUCUCGUCGGUCGGGUCCUCAAUGACACACCUCUCCUUAGGAGGUCCAUGGGAAAGAACCCCAGGGACAUUGCCAAGCCAUGGGUAGACAAGGCAAUCUCUAAGCAUUGGGAUGCCAUCAUGCCAACGUUCGUGAAUGUUGAGAAAGUGGGAAGUGCGAUGUCUAAGCUGGAAUACGAUGAACGCAUGGCGCAGAUCGAAAGGGAAAUCGAGCAUGUCGCCCACCAUUAUAGGAUGCAUGUCGCCAGGUAA